CAGACAGACAGGAAGAUAGGGAGAACGACAGAUAGAGUGGCCAGUGUAAGCCCCAUCACUAUGGGCUCAAUGUGACGAUGGGGCUCUAUAACUGUUCCUUGUCUCCUGGCGUUCCCACCGUGAGGAAGAGGAGCAAGCGAGGCCGGUGGGGAAAGGGGAGGGGGUCCGACAGUCUGGCCUGAAUGACAGAGGAGACGCCCACGUGGGGUCAGCGGGGGGAGAAAGCCAGAGCUGGGCUCCCAGGCCCGGUCUGUCCUCACUGCCCCGCCCUGGGCUGUGCCGAGGAGUCGGACGACAUUCCGAGCUGCUCUGGUGAUCCCGAUGAAGUCUCGGAGACCGUCAGCAACCUGUCUGAGGACUUGGACUUUCCUGAUUACGAACGCUCGGAAUCGUCGAUCCCGUCGGACAGUCGGACGCUGUACGCGCUGUGUGUGGGGAACGCCAGCAGAGAGCUCCGGGACAGGCUGGUCUGUGGGGUGAGCGAGCAGGAGGUCAAGGAGUUGGACAGCAAUGGGAGGAACGGGCUGAUGAUCAGCUGCUACGAGGGGUUUGUGGACAUUGUAAACACAUUGGACAAAUGCCCAGGAAUAGACAUCAACCACCAGGACCACGAUGGCAACACAGCCCUAAUGAUAGCAGCUCAGGCGGGUCAUGCCACCAUCGUCAGUCACCUCCUGAACUACUACAGUGGGGCAGAGUUGGAGAUGAGAGAUGGGCGAGGAUUCACUGCUUUAAUGAAGGCAGCCAUACAGGGCAGAGCAGAGUGUGUCGCGGCACUGAUAAUGGCAGGAGCGGACGUGGAGGCUGUGGACGUGUAUCGGGGAAAGACGGCUCGGGAGUGGGCGCUGUUGACCGGCCGGUACGAGACUUCCUUGCGGAUUAAACGGCUUCUCCAGCGUCCCUGCCCUGACCAGCUGAUGGACACCUAUGUCCCCGAGUGGCCAGAGCUGAAGGAAAUGGUGGCCAUCAGGAGCCGGAGAGAGAAGAUCUUACAGCGUCUCUGCUCGUUUUUCACCCUGAAGUUCCCCUGUGGCCCCGAGGACAACGGGGCGAUGGACCAGCUGGUCAGGAUGACCACUAGCCUGGCCAGCCCCUUCCUCACCACAGGCUGUUGCACGGUAUCUCCAGGGACCCCCCCACAGGUCGGGAAGAGAUGCCAAGCUGUGCCGGAUAUCCUCCUCAACACCUCCUCGCUUCACACGGCAAAGGAUGGGAAGGUGGAGUGGGAAGAAAAGGAACCAUUGAACGGGGGCAUCUCUCACUGCGAAUCGGAGAAGAUCAUCGGGACGGAGACCGGCGCGGGGGAGAGGAGGGCGAGUGCGUGGUCCGCCCAGCCCCGUGGGGUGACCAGCUUCCCCUCCAGCAGGACAAAGCAGAGAAACAGCAUAGUUCCGACCGACUGCGUCCCCCAAAUCUUCCUGGUCAAGGCUUCUCCGCCCACGUGCCGGAGAGAGAAGGAGAAGCGACAAAGGAAAACAAAGAACCGGCAGCUCCUCCAGCUCCCCAAGUGGAAAUAUAAGGAGCUGAAGGAGGAGAAGAAGAAGGCGGAGGCUCUGAGGAAGAAAUGAGAGAGAAAGAGAAGGAGAGAAAAGAGAGGAAAGGGAAAUGAGCGUCUCGUCUGGCCUCGAAGGGAGAGGAAUUUGCAACGUUUAAAUAAUAACAAUAAUAAUAAUAAUCCUUGCGCUUGAUAUAGCGCC